AUGACGAAGAAUAACCUCGUACUUGACUAUCUUAUCUAUGAAGCACAUGAAUCCACAGCUGAAAAGUUUGCCAAAGAAGUUGGUAUAACGCUAGACUGCUCGAUAAGGGGAUAUCAGAGCAUUGGAAUACGUCAUCAGUUGAAACUACACAUCUUGAAAGGGGAUAUAUCCAACGCCAUUGACCUCUUAAGCUUGAGGUAUCCUGAGCUGCUAGAGGAGAACGACUACUUAUACUUCAAGCUGCUGUUGAUGAACUUGAUUGAGAUGAUCCGGCAUCAUGACGGGAGCGAUGAACAGUUUGUGCUUCGCGUGAUACAGUUUGCACAGGAGAAGCUGAGUAACAAAGCAGUCAAGAACCCUGAAUACAUGAAGGAACUGGAGCUGACUAUGACGUUGUUAUUGUACUCGCAAAACAAGGAGUUGCUACCACAGCGGUUGACGAAGCUGUUCGAUUUGAAGCAACGGCGCCACAUAGCAAGCGUUGUUAAUGGAGCGGUACUGUCCAUCGAUUGCGAUGAUUACAACGAGUCACAAUUGAAGCAGCUGAUAAAACUACAGAGAUGGGCAGUCAAUUCCCGGAAAUGA